GAUGAAGGCGGUGCUAGUGGUGCCCAAGCAGCAGGGCCUUGCCUUUGUGGUCGUAGAAAGAGAAGAUGGCUCCCGUUCUGGAGAAACAGCUCCCGGGCGCAGCUGGGGCAGGCGACAAUAACAACGAAGAGGAAGAAGGACAAAACCUCUGGUCUUCAAUACUGAGUGAAGUUUCAACUAGAUCAAAUUCAAAGUUGCCAUCAGGGAAAAAUAUCCUGGUAUUUGGUGAGGAUGGAUCAGGAAAAACGACACUUAUGGCCAAACUUCAAGGAGCGGAUCACAACAAGAGAGGGAGGGGAUUAGAAUAUCUGUACUUAAAUGUCCAUGACGAGGACAGAGAUGACCUUACACGAUGUAACGUGUGGAUUCUGGACGGAGAUCUGUACCACAAAGGCCUGCUCAAGUUUGCUGUUUCAGCUCAGUCACUACCUGACUGUCUAGCUGUGUUUGUUGCGGAUAUGUCACGGCCGUGGACCAUUAUGGAGUCACUGAAGAAGUGGGCUAGUGUGCUACGUGACCAUGUAGACAAACUCAAGAUCCCUCCUGAGGACAUGAGAGAAUUGGAGCAGAAAAUGGUAAAAGCGUUUCAAGAGUACACAGAACCAGAGGAAGCCACCCCAUCUUCCCCACAGAGACGGGCCACAACAGCAGGAGAAGACGAGGCCGUUGUGCUGCCACUUGGCGACAAUACACUCACACACAACCUGGGCAUUCCAGUGCUAAUAGUUUGCACAAAGUGUGACGCAGUCAGCGUAUUGGAGAAGGAGCAUGACUACAGAGAGGAACACUUCGAUUUCAUCCAAUCCCACAUCAGGCGAUUUUGCUUACACUAUGGAGCUGGCCUGAUCUACACCUCAGUCAAAGAGGAGAAGAACUUGGAUCUGCUUUACAAAUAUGUAGUUCAUAAAAUGUAUGACUUCCAGUUCACCACACCUGCCUUAGUGGUGGAGAAGGAUGCAGUGUUCAUUCCAUCUGGAUGGGAUAAUGAAAAGAAAAUUGGAAUAUUGCAUGAAAACUUUACAACAGUCAGACCAGAGGAUCCAUUUGAAGACUUUAUCACAAAGCCUCCAGUACGAAAGCUGGUUCAUGAUAAAGAGAUAAAUGCAGAAGAUGAGCAGGUCUUCCUGAUGAAGCAACAGUCAUUGUUAGCAAAGCAGCCAGCCACACCAACAAGAGGAGCAACAGAGUCUCCAGGGCGGACAGCUUCAGGUUCCCCCAGGCCUGCAGGUCGUGCUGGACAACCAAACGUGACAAGCGGUUCACCAAUGGCUUCUGUCAAAAAGCCUGAUCCCAAUAUGAAAGCAGGGGCAGCCAACGAGGGAGUGCUGGCUAACUUCUUCAACAGUCUGCUGAGUAAAAAGACUGGAGCCCCAGGAAGCCCAGGAGCUGGAGCUGUAGGAGCUGGAGUACAAGGGUCCGCCAAGAAAACAGAAGCCGGGUUUGACUGAUGUCCAGGCUGAGUUGGACCGGAUGACUCGCAAACAAGACUCCAUGGUUUCAGCUAACAACAUACCACCGCCGACAGAGAACGAAGCGUGAAGGCAACAAAAACAGCUGCAUCGUCCACUGCGUUAAUACUCUGGAAAAAUACAUGUACAUGUGAGCAUAAAAAAAUGACCAAAUUCCCAACCUUUAUAUCAGUCAGCACACACAGUGGUUCCACCAAAAUGAGUUUAGGAUGCUAUCAAAUAUUUUGGUGUUGUGGUGAGAGCGGAAGAGAGAUAAUAGAGAUGGAGGUGUUGAUGAGAUGAUACACGAUGAACACUCGGCUUUAUUUCUGUCCUCUCUUCAACUGUAAAUGUUAUUUUGUGAGGGAUGUCAGUUUAUGGAAAUGUGUGCACACUCCCUGGCAACCAGCCCGAAGCGCUGGGCUGCGGGCCCCCCAGUUGCUGGGGUGAAACGCUCUCUCCUCAUGGGUUUAAAGAGUGGAAAUACCAUAUACUGGUUCUGUGGCCUCUGGUUCAGCUUAUCUUAUGGAAGGAAUUUAGUUGCGAUUGGAAAGGUAUUUAAACGCAAAAUCUUACUAUUCGUCAAGAAAAGUAAUUAAAAUACUUGCAAACAUAUGUAGUAUGUAAAAAAUGUUGGAUAUGAUACUGAUGUAUUUAUACAAAGUUCCUUCUUUUUAUUUUAUUUUUGUGCACCGUUUAUUGGUUUCAGCAUUCAUCUGUAUAAGAUAACACAUUUAAAUGCCACUGAUGUCAUGACACUAAUAUGACAAGUUCAGAUAGCUGAUAGCAUAUCAUAUCAUUUUCCCUACUCAUCUCAAAGGAUUCUGUAAAUAUAAAUACAAAAAGAUCUAUUCAGGUUAAGUUUGAUUUUGUAUAGAAUGCAAUUCUGUCCAAAUUCUGAAAAUAACCUCUUUUACUAAAUGAGACUUGUAGGGAUUUGACAGGCUUAGAGAUCGCAACGGAACUUCUUCUUUAGCUACAGGUGUGUGUAUAUUUGGGGAGGGGGUUGGGCAGCAUCUUUCCUACUAUAACUCCUAAGUGCCUCGCACAGUUAGCUGUAUGUGUCAUAGUAGAGGUGCUUGUCAACGUAAGAGGAAAUGCACUGUAGCACUAUCGGUUAAAGGUUUUUGUCCAUUUCUGUCAUCCAAAUAAUUUAUUUCUUUUACAUUUUUGUCAAUGUACAACAAGCCUGUGGUCUUUUAUUUUUUAAAGAAAUAAGAUUUCUGUGGCCUAGAUGGUAGUGUUCAAUAGAGCAAUAGAUUGAAUGCCUUCAUACAAAUCCUAAAGGCUGCUGAUAUAAGAAGAAACCACAUGAUGGAACUUUUGGGUCCCCCAGUCGAACACUUAAUCGUGGUUAAAACCACUUGCUUAGCAGCCAAAACACACUCAAUGAUUUGCUGUGGUUUGAACAAAAUGAGAUAUCGUAUUCUUUAGUGUUUGACAGUACCGUCAUUCUUUGGUUUCACAUGUUAUAGUCAUACUGUACUUCGCAUGUCAAUUAUAACAUUCCCAAUUUCUACAUGGUGUAGCUGUAGAAACAUCCCCGUAGGAAACCUGUUUGUCAAGUCAGAUCCUUUUGUUUGAUAUCUUUCAGUGCCCAUUACAAAGAUGCCCUUUGCCUUCGAUGUACAGCUAACAGUUUGUCACACUGGGCACUCUGCCUUCACAGGAUUGCUCCUAAUAGUUUUGUGUGUCCUUAAGGGGUUGCUUAAUUGUUUUAUGUAAUUUCCUUUUUUAAAUUAAAACAAUUACGCUGUACCAUAUCAACUAAUCUGUUAUAACAUGUAUGGUUUCAUGACACCGUAAUCUAAUCCAAAUGUGUUAAGUGUACAUCAUCAUCAAGUCUGUAUGCAAGGCCCUGCUUAAUCCUAUGGAUAUUGUACAUCUGUAUGUUAUGCACAGUUCAUGGCAAGUUGGAAGGGAGCGGCUAUGUUGUUGGAACACAUUAGCAAAAUAGGGCAACUAGUGAAUUGGAACCAAAGAUGCAUGUAGUUACAGUUUUCUGUUAUUAAAGUUGGUUAGAUCAUCCAUAAGAUUAACCAGUGGCCAUUUCUCAUACUUGCAUGGAGCCCUUGCAUUCCAAACCUCAGCCUUUCCCAUAAAGUGUUGUUUUGCAUAAGACCCUGUGAAAUUGUAGAAAUGCCUUACUCCACUCAGCUGUACCUGGGGCUUCUGGGGAGUAAAAAUACCAAGUGGUAUAAUCUCCAUGAUGGCCUAUAAACAGUUUAGGGUUGAACCUCAUUUAAAAACGCUCUGUAAGGGAAUUAACCCCAAGGCCAUACUGAUGUACGGUCUUCUUAAUGCAUGGUUUGGUUGUCAAAAUGAUGUUACACAACUCUUCUGGUUUCUUUUCAUUCAGAUUAAGUUCUAACUUGUGUUUUUUCCCAUACUAUUUUUUUUUCAUUUCAUUUGCUUUUGUUCUGUUUUUGUGAUUGGGUGGAAUGUGCACUUCAGGGUCUGUUGCCAACGUGGAUAAAGCACAACUUAAACAGCCAGGAGCAGUACCACCACAUGUCAAAAUAAGCACUUUUCCUUGGACAUUUAUAUCAUUUCCCUGUAUCUGCAGUUAAAGAUUGAUAGUUUUCUUUUUGCCUUACUAUUUUAGAAGAUUUAAUGAACCUAAAAGUUAACCCAUAUUACUAAAAUCACAGUAUUUAUCUGUAUUUAAGUUAUUAAAGGUGCCCCUGGUGGAUGACUGUAGAAUAAAUCCUCUGUUGGUGGUUUUCGGUUUAACAGAUCAAAGUAUCACCAUCAUUACAGUUUUGAUUUUAAGAGAUAUCUUAAGUUAGAUAACCCAAAUACCCUGAGUGUUUAUCAUGAUUUUGACAUUAAAAAGGCCCUUGUCAAUUUGUUUACAUGAUAUUUAGUUACCAUUUCUUGUCAAAUGCAGGUCUGCCCAUGACACUUCCUUUGUGUUUAAAAUAUUAAUGUCUCUAACCUGACUGACCACACUCAUUUAUCUUAAUAUAACCUGGCCACACUUGUUAAAUUUGGCAUUUAGCUGAGUGGAAUGAAGUGCUCUCAUGCUGCUUGGUUUCAAAGUUGCACUUGCUCUUUGUACAGAUUGGAUCGAAUUAUGAACAGAUAUUACUUUUAUACUCAAAAUGUCAGUUGAAAGCGACUGCCUCUUCACAUCCUAACUGAAUUGCCUUCGACCACUAUCGACAGUCUACAUCUAUAUGAGACUAUGAGCUUCUGCUUCCAGUCCUUUUUGUAUUCAGGAUAUCAAGACAUUGUAAGCACAUGGCUGGCAUUUUUAUGUCCUGAAUUAAUUCAGAUUUUUGAUUGUAUAACUUUAACACAGUUCUGUAGCCUGUAAGCUGCCAUGUGGAUUCUAGCUUCUUACGCUGACAAAGAUAAGGAAAAUGUUUAUCAGACCCCUGGCUUCAAUAAAACCAAGAAUCCAAACUUUGGUUGACUUCCA